GUAUACACGGAGAUAGGGGAGGAGGACAAAUACAACUCGUCGUGGGACGAGGUCCGUUCAAAUCUGGAAGCGUCGGGGGCGUCCCUAAGCGGCUUUGGCUUCGGACUCUAUUCCACCGCCACCAUUCCACAGGAGAGCUCCCCGGUUCUUGAGCUGAACAAAGAUGAUCGAAUCUGAACCCGACUCGACCGACCAUUUUGUCAGCUCUCUAGCCACCAUCACCAUCACACUCCUCCUCCUCCGCCUACUCACCACCAUCACCCUCCUCCGCCUCCUACUCCGUGUCCCCCGCCUCUGCACUCCCACCACGAUCCUCUUCUUCCUCCGCCGCCACAACCAUAUCAGGACUACUUUCAUCCACUCAGGUCUCCUCCUCCUCUUCCGAUUUCUUCUCCUAUCCACCGCCGCCACACCCGCGACCGCGAGCGAGAGGGCUGCUGUUCAUGUUCGAUUCUUUGAUCCAGAUGCUGUGCUUAAUUAUGGUGGAUUGGAUUGGAUGCUUCGAUCAACUAUGUUGCAGUUGUAUUUUAGAAUAUAAAAACACUUCAUUAUGUAUUAUUAUAGAUCUAGAGUAUACGAUUUGGUAUUGUUGCAUUGCAUAUACGUGACACAUAUAUCUGUGUGUGACAAGCAUAAAUAAUGUAGUCCUACUGUUUUUAUCCUUUCCAAUAAUCGCAUGUAUCCUUCUCAAUUU